AAAAUGCUUGUGCCCCAACAGAAUAGGUGAAUUAGGGUUUCAAGGAAAGGGCAUUACUUUAGGGGUUAUUUAACAAUAGCUUGGCUGCUUCUGUUAGGCGGCAAACAUAGAGUGCGUUUCUAAGCUACACUUCACAGUUGGGAAGCAAUGGAUUCGUUCUCAAAUCCAUCCAGUGGUUCGUCGCACCAAUUAUCUGCGCACGAUCUCAAAAAUCAGUUGAAGAAUCAACUUGCCAUUGAGUAUGCUCAACAAUUUCUUGAGACUGUGGGAAGAAAGUGUUUUGAGAAGUGUGUUACAAAACCAGGUUCAAGCCUCGGUGGGAGUGAAAGCAGUUGCAUCUCUAGAUGCGUUGAUCGAUAUAUUGAAGCCACAGGCAUAAUUAGCAAAGCGUUAUUCAGUUCACAAUGAAAAUAAAUCUUGUAGUUGCUCAGCAUUUUGUCUACUAAUUUGUAGACAUUGGAGAUUAUGUGUUAUCCGGGUUUUUCGUUUCCCUUUUUCUAUUUCCCAUUAUAAUAGACAAUCAUGCAUUUUUAUUUUAUAAAUAAUAUUUCUGAAGAUUUAGUUUUCAAUUGAGUUGAUUGAUGUAUAAUUAAUGUAAUAGAUUUUAUCUAGUAGGAUAAAACUUUGUUAUGGUUGGUAAUUAUAUACUUGUAAGCGAUUUCCUCA